UGUAUGUUUAAAAAAAUAUUCAAGGAAAUCUAAAAAUCAAAACAAAUCAUGUGCCAAUUUUAUUUAUCAAAAUAAGAUAAAGAAAUGUUGGAAAACGUUUUAGAGAGUUUCUACGAAAUAAUAUCGGCCUUUAUAACGGGAGUGCAUAAACCUGUAAAAGGACAAUUAAUUAAGAAACAUUGUGAAAAGCUUCCAAUACAUGGCGACAUCAGUUUUCCGAAUGCUGUAAAAUCGUGGCAUGAAUACUUAACUACACCCGUUGAUAUUGAUCGAGAGUUCACAUUACUAAGAUUUGUGGGUAAAGAAGAGAAGGAUUUAAUUGAACAGUCUCAGAAUUGGGUUUUACAAAUACAGAGAGUGAAUGAAUGUAGAGAACGUGUUUACAUAUUUCUCGAAAGAACGCGCGCUAUACACGUGGGGUUGUUGGAAGCUUUGAGGAAUAACGAAUUUAUAGCGCAAAGUAUACGAGAAGGAACAUCAAGAGUUCUUAAUGAUCCGAAUGAUGAAAAUGUGAACUCCAUUACAUCUCUGCGGGUGAAGUGCCUUACAAAAACAAUACAAAACUUUUGUAGUAUUCAUUUAAAGUGCAAGCAGUCAUCGCCUGUUAUUUUAAUUAGUUCCAAGUCUUCCAGUUGCGAUGAAGGAGUCAGGAAAGUGUUGUGUGGUGCAGUGCUUAAUGCAAAAACUGGUGUCAAAGAAAUAAAAAUUAAUGCUGAUGAAUUUAUUAGAAUAAGGCAAGGUGAAAUGACCUUAAUAGCACAACACAAGUAUGGAGUGAGGGUGACCACAGAUUCUAAAUGGAAAGAUUUCAUAGCACAUAUUGGAGAAUCUGCAGUUGUGUUUGAGUUACUGCAAACGAAACCUAAUAGUGCAGUCAAAAUUAAUUUUGAUUGUUCAUCAGCUGGUUCAAGCAAAGGAGCAGCAUUCAUUUUGUAUAAUUGUGCAAGAUUACAAACAAUACUAAGGACUUAUAAUGACAGAGUUAUUGAAGGUCUAUAUCCUAGUUUACCUAAAUUUGAAGAUGUAGAUUUCUCCUUGCUUACAGAAGAGGAUGAAUGGUGUUUGGUUUAUAACUACAUUUUAGGAUUUCCAUCUGUUAUCAGCAACUGUGUUGAAUUAAACGAGAAGUCGUGUGAAUUUCGACCUCACCAUCUCUGUAAUUUUCUCUGUUCUAUGGUCAGGGAGCUUAGUCAAUAUUAUAGAAGAGUAAGAAUAUUAACAGAACCAAGGAAACACCUGCUUCCCGUAAUGUUCGCCCGCAUACACAUGCUGAAAAUAAUAAACGACACCCUUAAGACAUGUCUACAUAUUUUAAACAUUAAAAGUGUUUCACAAAUGUAA